ACAAAGGAAAGAAUGUGGUUCCUGUUGUGGUCUUGGUGGGUCAAUGCAUGCUGGAUUCAAAGCACCGUGGAGUGACAAUGAUGACGUCCACUCACAAGAUCUCCUUCUCCAUCGUCGACAUCCUGGAUCCGAAUAAAUUCAACAGCGGCAACAAGAAAGGAAGCGAAGUUGUCAAGUUUGGAGUCCCGGGCGCGGAGGUGACGAGUUGGGAGACGCACAGCGACACGGAAGGAGACGUCACAGCAGCAGGGGAGGACACAGACGACGACCAGUCUCCACCCGCCAAUCACCACCCAGUCAUCGUUGACCCCCUCCUGACUGACACCCACCACCGUGUCGCCGGUGAGCCGGACCACUCAACAGAGGAGUCCACGGUCACCCCGCAGGACGCCACGCCGCACAAAAGACGGCGUCAAGACCCCAACGGCACCAAACCCCGCCGCGCCCGAACCGCCUUCACCUACGAACAGCUAGUAGCGCUGGAGAACAAAUUCCGUGCCACCCGGUACCUCUCGGUGUGCGAGAGGCUCAACCUGGCCUUGUCGUUGAGUCUGACCGAAACGCAGGUCAAGAUCUGGUUCCAGAACAGGCGGACCAAGUGGAAAAAACAGAACCCCGGGGCGGACAGCACGUUGCCCCCGGCAUCCGGCUCACUGAUCAAUCCCGGGCAGAGCACAUGCGGUUCGGGGCAGGCCGGCUUCCAUCAGUCUUUCCCAAAUCUCAGUUCAGGGAACGUGAUUUUCCACACAGCUGGUGCUGUACCACUUUCCACCACUGGGGGGCUCCUGCAUCCCUUUAUGUCCAGUGGAUUUGUCCAGCCUACUUAUUUUAAUUCCCACCUAUGA